AUGACCACCAAGACUUCCAUCUUCCUCACCGGCGCUACUGGUUUGAUCGAUGGAUCCGUACUCGCACGUCUUCUCGCACAUCCUAAGGCUGCAGACUUCGAGAUUAUUGCUCUGGUACGCAGCGAGGCGAAAGGGAGGCUUUUGCAGGCGAACUUCGGCGUGAAGCCUCUCGUCGGCAGCUUGCAAGAUGUCGACAAGAUCGCCGCCGUUUCCGAGGCUGCGAACGUUAUCAUCAACACGGCCGACUGUGACGACCUCCCUUCCGCCGAGGCCAUUUUGUCCGGUAUGAAAGCUCGCCACGAUAAGACCGGAGAGGUGCCCAUCUUGAUACACACUUCCGGCACUGCCAUGCUUAUCAACGACGCCAAAGGUGUCUACCUCGCGGAGACAGUCUAUGAUGACAUGAACCUUGAGCAAAUCAAGUCCAUCCCCCCAUCGGCUCUCCACCGCCAUGUCGACAUCCCUAUCGUCGAGGCUGACGUCGCCGGAUACAUCCGCGCGCACAUCGUGGCGCCGAGCGUCGUCUACGGGGUCGCAAAGCACGCGCUCGUCGACGCCGGGAUCGCCAACCCGUUCAGCAUGUGCGGUCAGCUUCUCGCGCGCGCUGCCAUCAAGCGUGGUCGCCCGGUGAUCGUCGGCGAGGGGAAGUGCUCAUGGAGUCACGUGCACAUCGACGACAGCACGAACUGUCGGUGCAAGGGGAGCCGAUCUCGGGGUCAAGUUGGGUGGAAGCCGAGGCACGACAUGAAGAACUUUGACGCGAGCACUGUGGAAGACUUCCGGGGGGUACUAGAGACGGAGAACAAAUAG